UAAUGACACAGAACUAUCCUCUUCUCCAUUACAAUUAAAUGGAAGAAAACAAGUGAAUUAGUUAAAAUAAAUGCUAUAAUUAAUCAUUCUCGCUGGCCGCAAAAACAUAUAUCUUCAACUGCCCAUCAUGCCAUUCGUUAUUAUUCGUACAUUCUACAUCCCAACAAUGCAAAAUUCUAAAUAAGUAUUUACAAUGAACCACAUAUAACGGAAGAUUAGAUUCUUUUUCUACGCGUACUCCAUUUGCUUCUGUUUUAUGAGACUGUCUAUUAAGUGCACCCAGAACCAAAAUAAAUUCCCGUUAGAGACAUAUCCUAAAAAAUGAAGAAACCCAUUAUCCAUAUUGAAAAUAAAACUGAAGGUAAAACAGAAGAUAAUGUUUCCCUAAUGCCUUGCUUUAUUGAUUUUGAUGGCCCAGCUCCAGUUUCUGAGUUUUUUCACGACAAAAUUUCGAAAAAGGAUGAUUCCACGAAUACUGACUUGGUAUAUUUUCGAGGUAGAGAGCUAAAUGGAAAAACACUAAAACUGCCAGAUGGUUAUAUGGGUGAAUGUGUCCAUCUUCCAUUACCGGGAAGCGUAGAUCAAUCUCUCACUGGUAAUGGACAAGACAACAUUGAGGAUGAAGCAAGUGUUUCUGAAGAGCAUUGUCAAACAUCAUCAACAUUUUCUCAAUUCAGAAUUUGGGACCGCGAUGUAUCUACAUCAAUCGAACAAAACCAAUGGUACAAAGGUAUCGUUGAGUGGACUCAGUUUGCAUCCAAAAUUGCUUAUACGGAAUAAAAACCUAGGAAUAUACCAGUUUUCAAGGAUCCCAAACACAUUUCCUUCCUCCUCUCUUUUUCAUUUCACAUCUCUUUAUAAAUAAAUUUGUUUUCUUUCUUUUAAAAUCUUUAUUUAAGCUAUUUAGACUUUUACUUAUAACCAAGACUUUAAUAAAUUCACUUUUAUUAGCAUAUGCUUAUAUGCUAAUAUGCUUAUAGUA